AUGAUUCUGGACAAGUUGGUUUCGUUUUCUGAAUAUGUUCGAUUUGGUGCGGUUUGCAAACCAUGGCAGUCUGUGUUACUCGUACCUUAUCAGAAGAGGCUUUCCGGUUCCUCACAUGGUUGGUUAUUUACUGUGGAAGAAACCUUCGGCAUAACCUUAAUCAACCCAUUCUCUGGUGCUACCAUUGAGCUUCCUCCAAUUAUGGACCUCUCAUAUUUCUAUCCUCCUGAUGAUGAUGAUGAUGAUGAUGGCGGCGAUGGCGAUGACGAUGGCGAUGACGAUGACGACAAUGAUUCUAUUGAGGUUGACUUUGAAGUUGUAAAGACUACAUUGUCAGCUGACCCUGCUUUGUAUCCUAAUGACUAUAUUGUUACUGCCACCUAUAGUGGUCACAGAAGACUGGCAUUCAUUCUGCCCGGAGACAAAGCUUGGACUUACUUAGAUAAAGAAAGAUUUCAGCUCUUCUAUGAUGUCGUAUAUUAUAAAGGCCUGAUUUUUGCUGUUGAUUUUAGGGUUAGAGUCCUAAUGAUUGAUGUUAAUAGAAAGGAUGGGAAGAGUAAGGCUCCGCAAGUGAAGGAAAUUGCACCGCAGACUAAUGCGGAUUCUCAACGGACGUAUCUUGUUGAAUCAUCUAGUGGGGAUUUACUCCUUGUACAAAGGUUUUUAAAAGUUGGAGAUGAUUUACAGCAUGCAACUUCAGGGUUUAAGGUUUUCAAGUUGCUCUUAGAGCAAUUUGAGCAGGGUCAGGCUAUGCGGGUUGAAGUGAAGAACUUGGGUGGAGACACCCUGUUUUUGGGAGAUAACCAAUCCAUUUGUGUUUCAGCUUGCAAAUGGCCCGGAUGCCAGCCAGAUUCCAUCUACUACACAGAUGAUUAUAUUGAGAUUCUAGCCCGUCUUCCACACGGGCGCCGCGACAUUGGUAUCUUCAACAUAGAGAGUGGAAGAUUUGGGCGCAUUACAUCCUUGAUCCUUCACAUAAGGAUAUGCCACCCUCAAUUUGGAUUGUGCCAACUGUGUUAGGUAAUUGAGUUGAGACUUAAUUGUUUUGAGUGUCUUUUGGUCAAAUCUAAUUUUAUUUAGUUUUUUUGUGCUGAGCA